AUCGUUUGAGGCGCUGGUGUGACACGCCCUCAAAUAAGACGACAGCGGAUAGUGCCUGUCACUCACACAGGUCACAGGAGUCAGUGUCCGUCAGCAUUUGGUAGAAGAUAGACGUUCAUACUUCUCUGGAAUGGCUCUCUUCGACCGGAUAGACAAUUUCUUGGAGGGCCUCGUCGAUCGGUUUCGGAGAGAUAAUGAAGACAUACGCAGAGAGGCGAGAGAGACAGAGGUCGCUUAUGAACUCGCAAACGCCGGCGAUACUGUGGAUGUCGGGGAGACCUUGAAGGCGGUGUCUGUGGACUUCCAACCUAAGUUCAACGCGGCCAACCAUCACUGUGAGAAGUUUGAACUGGUGGAAGUAAAUAAGCCUUCCCUCGUCAUCCGUCGUGGUGGUUCCUUCAGUCUCAUCGCCACCUUCAACAAAGAGCCAGACCUCAAGAAGAAACAUCUCUGCAAAUUGUUCUUCUCCUUCGGACCCAAACCAAAUCCCACGAAGGGGACUCAGGCAGUGCUGCAAGUGUCAGGCAAGAAGAUGUUCGACAAAAGUUACGAGCAAUGGGACGUGAGGGUUGUGAGCCAGGAGGGCGCCAAAGUCACUCUGGAGGUACAAGUGCCGACGGACGCACUGGUAGGAUUAUGGCGAAGUGCAGUGCAAGUGAAGCAUAGAGACACUGAGACAGGUCACCUACUCCGCCUGGACACAGAUAUCUACAUCCUCUUCAACGCCUGGAAUAAACAUGACACAGUUUACAUGGAGGAAGAAGAUAAGCGCCAGGAAUAUGUCUUAAAUGAUAUUGGUAAAGUCUGGGUGGGUACGUACCCUUCGGCUUAUGGAAGACACUGGGUAUUUGGCCAGUUCGAUGACGUGGUUCUGCCUGCCUGCAUACUGAUGAUGGAGAGGUCAGGCUUAAUUGAUGAAGCAAGAGGCGAUCCCAUACGUGUGUCCAGGGCCCUCUCCAAGAUUGUCAACAGCAACGAUGACAACGGGGUUGUGAUAGGCAAGUGGAAUGGCGAGUACGAUGCUGGUACCAGUCCCAGUGCUUGGACCGGUUCCAUCAAAAUCCUUGAGGAGUAUAUACACAAGGGCAGAUCGGUUCGCUAUGGCCAGUGCUGGGUGUUCGCCGGCGUCCUCAACACCGUGUGUCGCGCCCUGGGCCUCCCGUCUAGAGUGGUCACUAACCUCAACUCAGCCCACGACACCAACGUGUCUUUCACCAUUGACGAGUAUUUCAACAAAGAGGGUGAUGAGUUAACGUACACGUACGGAGGGACCAACCCAAGUGGUCUCGAUGAUUCCAUCUGGAACUUCCACGUGUGGAAUGACGUGUGGAUGAGCCGACCUGACUUGCCUCCAGGCUAUGGUGGCUGGCAAGCUGUUGACGCCACUCCCCAGGAGAAGAGUGAGGGUAUAUUCCAGUGUGGUCCAGCAUCCCACGAAGCUCUGCGACUGGGCCAGACAUCAUACAACUAUGACGUGGCAUUUGUGUUGGCGGAGGUGAACGCUGACAUCGUGCGAUGGAAGGAGGAUGAGUCAGCUGUGGAUGGCUUCAAGAAGCUUUACUCCAAUAAGACUCAUGUUGGUCGACAAAUGUUGACGAAGAAGGUAGGAGUCCUGGAGGACAGCGGGUUACGCCAUUCUGAUCGCGAGGACUGUACUGAAGAUUACAAGGCAAAAGAAGGCACCCGGGAGGAGAGGGUCACCCUUCACACCGCCGUCAGGGGGUCCCGUAACGCCCGUCAUGCCUUCCGCUUCCCGUCUGAGGCCAUUGAAGAUGUGGAGUUCUCUCUGGAGGAUGUUGAACGGGUACCCCUAGGUGACGACUUUAGUGUCACCCUCAAGGCUGUGAACGUGAGUGAGGCAGUACGCACUGUGACUGUUGUCCUGACAGCAUCAAGCAUGUACUACACUGGUGCCAAGGCACAAGACAUAGCUCGCGCCGAGGGCAAGUUUGCUCUUAAGGUUAAGGAGUCCAAGACACUGUCGCUGCCAGUGACCUACAAGCAAUACUACCACAAGCUGGUGGAACACGCCAUGAUCAAGCUGGUGGCUCAUUGCACCGUGGAUGAGACCUCUUAUGCAUGGGUCGAUGAUGACAGGUUCGAGGUCCUUAAACCUGCCAUCAAAGUGGAGGUACUGUCUGGUGGAGUGGUGGGUAUGGCGAUGUUGACCAGGUUUAGCUUUACUAACCCUCUGCCCAUCUCCCUCACCAAUUCUUCCCUGGUGAUUGAUGGUCCAUCCAUCACCAAGCCCAAGACCAUCCCUAUCAGCGACGUCCGUCCCAAGGAGGAGAUGGUGUACGAACUCAAGUUGUACCCGAAGAAACCAGCCGACUGCACUUUGGUGGCCACCUUCAGCUCUACUGAGCUUCUCAAUCUGUCUGGCUCUACUAAUGUCUCCAUUGCACCUGCUGGGAACUGAAACAAAGUCUUCAACCCUACUGACAACUGAGAUACAGUCUUCAUCACCUCCAAUAAGAACUAACUUUCUUUGUAGGGAUAUUGCUUUCCUCUUAACUUAUCUCCUGAAAAAUACUUGUUUAUUCUUUAUGGCAAAUCUCUGUUGGAGAGAGAUAUUUCCCCAGGACAAACGUUCACAUCAUCACUUUCUGUCUUCAUCGAUAAAUAAUGAAAUACAGUACAGUUAAACUUCCAAUUUAUUCAUUAUAUGUAUAACACUUGUUAAGUUCAUUGUUCAUGUACCUGAUACAUUAACUGUAUUGUUCAUUGACAAUAUUAUUCAGUUCUGCUUUUACAUUUAUUCUUGUUCAUCCUUAAAACUUCCGUCUGUUUUUAAAGACAGACAAACAUUUACUUUAGAAAAUAGCAAUAGAGAGGUAGUGAAUUAAGCUUCUAGUUUUAGUACUUCAUGUUAUCCAUUUUUAAAGGCUCUUUGGUCGUGAAACAAUACAGUGCAUGACAUUUGUAUUUUAAAAAACUAACUGUAUACAUGUGUCUUUCAUCUUCAAUUGUUGUGGUCAGGCCUUGGUGAACUGGAAGUCACUGAGCAUUAAUUGUUUUAUCUGAAUAAAGUUUUGAAUUAGAA